CGUUUAUAGUUUCACAUGCAUAAUUUGUUCGUCGUGUUUAAAGUAAAACAAAGCAAUUGCAGUAAAUAGUUUAUUGAAUACACUAGCUCAACAAUAUUUUGAGAAUAUUGUGCAAAAAAGAAUUGCUGCAAGUGUGCACGCCAACCAGGUGUGUGUGCUGUACAUGUGCGGGAUUGUGUAUAUGUCAAUAAUAACAAAAGCAACAAAAUACAAGUGAAAGUGUUAAAGCCAACAACAUACAUAAAUUAUUGUAUUUAUAACAAUAGCAACAACAACAACAACUGUAACAACAUUUGCAACAAAUUGUGGAUUACGCCGCUUUACUAACAAGGAAUUAAUUACUCGUUGCAACAAUUGCAAAUUAAAAGUUGAGAAACAUGCUUCGCGCACAUGCCACAAUAUGUUGCAGACUAGGAUGACUCAACUUGAGCCACUUGAGCUGAGCAGCGGCCAGCAACAGCGCAGCAGCUAAAAUUAUGGCUAAAAGCUAAUUAAAGCAGCUUAAAUAAUAAAUAUAAAGCAGCCAACAAGCAACAACAACAACAUGAAUUCGGUUAUCUCAGCAUUUAAGACCAAAAAGAGCAACAACAUAACAACAGCAACAACAACAGCAGCAGCAGCAGCAGCAACGUCUGAUAAACAAAUGUCCAGCAGUUUGGUGGCGCUGAGCUUGAGAAGCAAAAAGCCUGUGGUAAUGACGUCAGCACAGGAUAAUGGCUAUCAGUAUUUGCGUCAAAUACGCGAAAUCGAAACAGCAAACAAGCUGCUCUCACCGGUUGUAGUGGUGGCCAAUGAGCUGGAGAGCAGCAGCAGCGGCGGCGGCGGCAGCGUUGUGAUUAACGAGGAGCAGCCAGCGGAUGCUGCUGGCGUGGAUGUGGUGGAUCAUUGUGCGCCUACGCUGGUGCGUUUAAGCUGCGACGCGGACUACAAUAUGAAUGGCAAAGUGCAUGGGCAUAAGCUGCAGCUGGCGGAGAAUGGCAACAUGGACAUUUGUGCGCUGGAGGAGGAUGACAACUCGGAGCAUUCGACGGCCGCUUGCAACAGCACCAGCAGCUCCAGUGAGCAUAGCAACAGCACCGUGGUGCACUCACCCACCACAGCGCCCAGUGCUGCUGCUGCUGCGGCCAGUGCAGCCGGCGAUGCGCACUCCGUGUCCAGCAGCACGCUCAGCUCGCUCAACUCGGAGCAGGACUGCUCGCCACUUAGCAUUGCCACCAAUGGCAGCGCCUGUGCCACGCCGCUGGCCUCACCUGUGCUCAAGCAAACCACGGAGGACUAUGUGCCCGCCUUUAUGAAAGCCCCGCCACUCACUUUGCCACUCACUCAGCCGGCCAUAAGCUCAGCAGCCAGCACGCCCAAGCAUGCGCGCUACUCCAAGCCCCGACUGAGUCUGAGUCGCGGCUUCAAUCACUCAAUGCCCUCAGUGCAUGGCAGGCCCAACCUCAGCGUAGCGCCGCCAGCUGCAGCAGGCGCCGCCGCCGCCAACGGGCAGCCGCCCAAGCGCAUUUCAACGCAUCAAAGGAACUUGAGCUUGGACUUUAGAUCUAUGGGCAUACUGCUGCCGCCUGUGUCGCAGGUGACGAAUACACGCAUCAAUCACACCCAACACCAUCGCAAUCGUAGUUUGGAUAGUGCCCUACAACGCAUACCAGAGGUUGAAGUCUCAUCGCCCAAUGCAGAGAGUGAAACAACAUUCUGCUCGCCAUCCUCCAUACUUGGCACAAAUAUGUGCUCGAAGAUUGCCACAACAGCAGCAAAUGUAACUGCUGCCUUAACCACAUCACCAGCGCCACCAGCGAUAAAUGCAGCUGCCACUGGAGUGAAGCCCGCAGCUGUGGCCAGCGUUCAUAAUAUCAGCACAGUGGUUGAUGCCUGCCCCACGCUGCGUCUGCGGCCCAAGUCCAGCGAAUCAAUGGCCACAAGAACAGUGGCGCAGGAUCUGUCAGUCAUGGCCAGCAGCAAUGGCGUCGGCAGCGGCGGCAGCAACAGCAGCAACAACAGCUGCAGCAGCGCGGGCAGCAGCAAAAAGCGCGAGGAUCUAACCAGUCUGGGCUCAGAUGACUCGGGCAUAAUCUGUGGCUCUGAGUCGGACCAAUUGUCGCUGAAUCGCAUCUGCCAUUCGCAUGAAUCGCUCGACUCGGGCGAAAUGGAUGCCGACGCGGAUGCAGAUGCCGAUGGCGAGGAGCAGUGCUUGGAUAUAAUGGAAACGACAUCGAUGGAUGAGGAAUACAAUCUAAUGCAGCCAGAGCUUUGCUUCUAUCCAGCGCACGACAUCGAUUGCCGCACACUGCGUCCCUCACGCAAACAGAAGCAGCUCAAGCGUGAGCAGGCCAAGCAGCAGCUGGAGCAGCAGCAGCGAGAGGAAAACGAUUUGGAUUUACGCGUGCGCUAUCGCGUGAUGAACAUGUCCGAGGCGGCCAUUAAAAAGGAGCUGGGCACAGCGCCCAAUGAGAUUGAGCCAGUGCUCGAUGAGGAACUGGAUGAGGAGCAGCUCCAGCUGGAAGUGCAACAGCAGCCAGAUGCAGUAGAGGAGGAGCAACUAACGCCAGCGACGCCUGCCGCAACUGCAACGCCUGCGGCCACGCCCACGCCCUUGGCAACGCCCACUGAAAGCACAAAAAACGACCAGGUGCUGUUCAAGAACUUCUUUGGCGCCACCAAGAACGCGAUCUUUCGCACCGCCCAAAGCAUCAUUGAGAAUCACGAGAAGAAGAAUGCGGCCAAGCAGAAAACAUGCGACAGCAAUCAGGAGACGCUAGCAACAACGCCCAGCGCAGCAACUGCCACGCCCACUGGGGGCGCAACAACGCCGCAGGAGCAAAUCAAAUCGCCCACAGAUAUAUCCAAGAAGAAGGAGUUCUUCAGUCUGCUCAGCUCAAAUUCCAGCAAGAAGGCAGCGGCGGCAGCAGCAGCAGCUGCAGCGCAGUCGACCACGCCCACAGCUAAGGAGUCGGAGACGGAAGCGCAAAAGCCCGAGGAGAGUAAAGUGCGUGAGCGCACACUCAAUCUGCGUCUGCCAGGCGCCGAGGCAGAGCAUCAUGCGCCGGAGGUUGCUCUGCCCAAGAGCAGCUCGAUUAGCUCGCUGCACAAGCUCAAGGUGCCCGUGCCCGGCGUGGUGAAGUACUUCAUCAGCGAGCGUGCACCCAACUCGAGCAGCCAACAGCAGCAGCAGCAGCAGCUGGAGCGUGGACCCAGUGGCCUGCUGCGCUUCUUUGAAUCCCCCGUCUUCAAUAUUCACUUUGCCGUGCAUUACUUGUUCUACUCCAAGGAGCCCGGCGUGCUGAGCUUCAUAGGCAACAAGAUCUUUAGCUUUCCGGAUCAGGAGGUGGAUUUGUAUAUACCACAGCUUAUAGUGAUGUAUAUACAAAUGGAUGAGCUGGCCGAGGUGCUGGAUCCGUAUCUGACCAUACGCUGCCGCAAGUCUGUGGACUUUUCGCUCAAGUGCCUCUGGCUGCUGGAGGCGUACAACUACCAGGUGGGCUCCUCGAGCAGCACACGCAAAUCCAAGCUGGCGCUGAUGAAGGAAAUCUUCUCCAAGAAGGAGCACAAACAGCAGCAGGCCAAACCAGAUGCCACACCCCACGCCCACUUGGCGCUUAUGAAGAAGACGCAUCAUCGCAGUCAAUCCGAUGCCACAGUGCUGCUGGCGGACAGCCGAGGAGGCGCUGGCGGCUUGAGUCAUCGCAUGUAUCAGCAGGCGCCGUACACGACGGCCACGUUGCCCAGCACGCCCGCCAAGCUCUGCCUCGGCGACUUGACGUCGGGCCGCGCCUUCGAUAACGGCUGCACCUGCUUUGAGACUGUGCGUGGCCAGGUGAAUGGUCUGCUGGGUCAGCGCACGCUCUGCAAUUGUGGCGCACCCAAGACGGCGCCACAGAAGGAGUUCAUGAAGGCGCUGAUGCAUGUGGGACGCAAUCUCACGGCGCUGCCUUCGAAGGCGGAGAAGACUUCGGCGCUGCGCAUGUCGCUCAAUCUCAUCAACAAGAAUCUGCCCGCGCGUGUUUGGCUGCCGCUCUACUCGGACAUUCCGCAUCACAUUGUGCGCAUCACAGAGGAGAAGACUGCCGUGCUCAACUCCAAGGAUAAGACGCCAUACAUUAUCUAUGUGGAGGUGUUGGAGGUGCCAGAUAUCUACACCUCGCCGUUGAUACCCAAAAUGAUGCCCACGCUGCGACACACCAAGAGCGAGGAGCAUCUCGAGGGCGUCUGUCUGAACUCGCAUCAGAGCUGCAGUCGCACCUCCAGCUGCAGCAGCAGUCAUCAUGGCUCCAGCUGCAGACGCAAGCGUGCCAAUGAUUCCCACACCGAGAAUGGCUCCGGUGAGCCAGCGCCAGCGCAUCAUAAUGGCAAUCUGCUCUCACUUGGCGGACUGCAGCUGCACGAGGAUGAUGUGUGGUCACAGGAGGACGAUGAGAUUACAGCGCAGUAUCUGAAUAUGCGCAAGAUUAGCGAACGCGAUGCCAUCUCGCAAAUGUCCCUGGACAGCUGCGACUCCAGAGAUCAAGGUCCGCCCGUUGUGUUUAACAUUGGCGAUGUGCGCACGCGUCACUGCAACAAUUUGAGCUGCGAGAACACAAAGUCCUUCAGCAAUGAUCCUGAAGAUCCCUCCGCUGCAGCGCUAAAGGAACCCUGGGAUGAGAAAGAGAAACUCAUACGCGAAUCCUCGCCCUACGGUCAUCUGUCCAACUGGCGGCUGCUGUCCGCUAUUGUCAAGUGCGGUGAUGAUUUGCGUCAAGAGCUUAUGGCCACGCAGCUGCUGCAGAUGUUCAAAAUCAUUUGGCUGGAGGAGCAAGUGGAUCUCUGGGUGCGCCCCUACAAAAUCAUUUGCUUAUCCAAUGAUAGCGGUCUUAUUGAGCCCAUACUCAACACUGUGUCGUUGCAUCAAAUCAAAAAGAAUUCCAACAAGUCCUUGCGGGAUUAUUUUAUUGAUGAAUAUGGCAAUCCAGAGGGCGAAAGUUUUCGUCGUGCCCAAAAGAACUUUGUGCAAAGCUGUGCGGCUUAUUGUCUUAUAUCCUAUCUGCUGCAGGUUAAGGAUAGGCAUAAUGGCAACAUACUCUUUCAUUCAGAUGGUCACAUCAUACACAUAGACUUUGGCUUCAUUCUGAGCAUAUCACCUAAAAAUUUGGGCUUUGAGCAAUCACCCUUUAAGCUCACUCAUGAAUUUGUGGAUGUUAUGGGCGGCACCAGCUCAGAGCAUUGGCGUGAAUUCAAUCGCCUAUUGCUAGUGGGCAUGAUGUCGGCACGCAAGCAUAUGGAUCGCAUUAUCAACUUUGUUGAAAUAAUGCGCAGCAAUGCUCAUUUGCCCUGCUUUAAGAAUGGCUGUUCCGGCACAGUACAGAAUCUCCGUAAACGCUUUCACAUGAAUUUAACUGAGCAGGAAAUGGAACGCAAAGUGGAACAGCUGGUGCAGGACUCGUUGAAGAGCCUGUCGACCAAACUGUACGAUGGUUAUCAAUAUUAUACGAAUGGCAUAUUGUGAGAACGGUUUUUUAUGAAAAUCUAAGCGUUCGGCGUCAGCUGCUUAGAGACUCAUACUCCGAUGAAAAUGCCCCCGAGGAUCUGAUAAACCAAAACAAUGGACUGACUUUUUUGUUUUAACAAGAAAUUUAUUAUAUAUAUACUGUAUAUAUAAGCGCAUAUAUAUACAUAUUUAAAAUGUAGCACUAACAAACAAAAUAAGAAAGAACGAGUGAAGAAAAAAAAUGUGAAAUGCCAGCAAAAAAGGGAAAUGAGAUUGUACCAAACACAAAAACUGUUAUUUGUAGCCAAAAUCGUUUGAUUGCGCGUGUUGGCAUUAAUUGUUAUAAAAAAAAAUCCUAGGUUAAACUGUAUGUUGUCUAACUUUUAAGUCAAAAA